AUGGAAUCAAGACGCACAAAAGAACGCCAAUUUCAAGAGGAUUCCAAGAAGACCAAAAGAUUCAAAGCAAGCAUCAAAUCAAGACUUGGUUACAAAAGGGUUGGCCAGAAUUUUACCGUUGAGAUAGAUUAUCCUGCUACCCUUGUUCAUUUUGGUAUGCCUAACAUCGAUGUCAAACUCCGAGUUCCCAAGAGGGAAGUUAUUGACGACAGUAUUGAAAUCUUGGAUGAAAUCGGAGUAAAAUCUUCAUGUUCUCAGCCUUCUAAGAGAAUGAAAACAUAUCCUCCAGGAAAACUUGAUUCACCUUCUAAAAGUACAGAUAAAUCUGACACUAACACGGCAAAAAAGAUGAAUAAUGGGAUUCCUAAAACUAAGAAAACAUUGGAUAAAAGUGAAAGAAUUGCAGCUCUUCAGAGGACUGUUGGUUUCAAAUCUGAACACCCAUAUUUCAAGAUGGUCAUGCAACCAUAUUAUAUCCUUGGUAAAAACAUGACCUUUCCACCAUUAUUUGCAAAGACACAUCUCAAUAACAGAUCUUAUGAUGUAACCCUCAAAGUUCCAAAUGACAACAAAACUUGGCCUGUGAAGUACACUUAUAAAAAUGUGUUACGUGAAGACUUAAUGGACAAUUAA